AUGGGAGUGAGGAACCAGACGCCAGUGGUGGAGUUUGUCUUCCUGGGUUUCUCCACUAUUCCCAACGGCCACAUCUACCUCUUCCUGCCAUUCCUAGCUAUUUACUUGGUCACCGUGCUGGGGAACCUCAUGAUAUUUACUCUGAUUCAACUGGAUUCCAGCCUCCGUACGCCCAUGUAUUACUUCCUCAGCCAUCUCUCCAUUCUAGAUAUGUGUAUCUCCUCCGUUACGGUCCCCAAAAUUCUGGUGAACUUCUUGAACCAGCGGCAGACCAUCUCCUACAACCAGUGCAUGGCCCAGAUCUUCUUCCUGGCCUCUUUUGUAGAGACAGAGGUUGUAUUGCUGGCUGUCAUGGCCUAUGACCGAUAUGUUGCCAUCUGUAAACCUCUGCAUUACUCCCGCCUCAUGAGUCCCAAGGUUUGCACCAUCCUAGCCUUGGCCACUUGGAUCGGGGGAGCCCUAAACUCCGCUCUUCAUACAGCGCUCAGCACCAAAUUGUCCUUUUGUGGAGCCAACCAGAUCCACCACAUCUACUGUGAUCUGCCCCCACUGAUAAAAAUUGCUUGCAACGAUGCACGCAUCAAUGAACUUGUCAUCCACAUCGCAAGCCUUUUUGUGGGUGGGGGACCCUUCUUAUUCAUCAUCCUCUCCUAUGGCUUCAUCCUGGCCACCAUCUUGAAGAUCCAUUCUGACAACACCAAGCGCAAAGCCUUCUCCACCUGUGCUUCUCAUGUCACUGUUGUCAUCAUUUAUUUUGGAAACGGAUUGCUUAACUAUAACCGUCCAAGCGCUGGGUAUUCCUUAGAGAUUGACACUCUGGUCUCAACCAUGUUCUGUUUAAUCCCCCCUAUCGUCAACCCCUUGAUCUACAGCCUCCGGAACAAGGAUGUGAAAGGGGCUUUCAGGAAGGUUCUAGAAAACCAAGGGAAGCUGAAACAUCAUGAGACUAUGAAUUAG